GGUAGGUCGGACGUGUUAUCGUUUGUGCGCGUGCUGUAAGAGAAAAGCAUUGUUACUUUUAUACGAGAGAGAGAGAAAGAGAGAAGGAGAGAGAUUGAGAGAGUCAAAAGCCCGAUCUCUCCGCUCGCAAAGUCGGAAAAAAGUUUUACCAAUCAAGUUUUUUAUUUCGCAAUAAUGUAUUACAUAUAACAAAACUUCAACCUAGUUAAAAGUUACUGUUGUUGUUGCUGUUAUUGUUAUUGUUGUUGUGAACUUUUUGUAUGUGUGCGGAACAUACAUGCAUGUGGACUGGCAUCGGUAUGUGCAUGUGUUGUUGUUUGUGGCAUUAGCAAAAGCUAAUGAAACUGUGAACUGUACGUGCGUUGCUUAAAAACAAGAUCCAACACUCAAAAGAGAAAUUAAAUCUACUCUACUACUACUACUACUGCUACCACUACAACUAUUAUUAAAUUGAGUUUACAAAUCUCGUACAAAUAUGAUAAACAAAAACAGUUGCCCUAUGUAUAUGAACGUGUGCAGAUGUUGAAACUGAAAGUAAUAAUUAAAUAUACAUAUAUACAGAAUUAAUAAAUACACGUUUGUAAAUGUGUGAGUGUAUACUCUGUCUUUGGAUGCAAAAGGAAUAGAACGCGUUAUUCACAUCAGCACAUACACAUUCAGGAAUAUACACACACACACAUACAUAUGUAUGUAUGUGCAUACACAAUCUUUAACUAGACUGUGAAAGUGGAAAGCUCUACUCAGUGGCGCACUUGUAUGUAUGUAUGUGCAUUAGUGUGUAUGAAUACAUAAAUAUAUACAUACGUACAUGCAUAAAUACUACUGUAUUUACAUAUGUAUGCCAGUGUAUGUGUGCACAUUCAGAAAGUCUACAGAAGAUUUUCCAACUAUUUGUGAAAGGGAGUAAUUGCUACAGACUUAAUGAAAGAGUUUCAAAGAAUGUUGAUGUUGCAAUACAGCAAGCAUGGAGAGUGCAUCCUCAAAGAAAUUGGAGCGGCUUUUAGGGGGGAGCAUCCAGCCGACUUGACGAUCGUCUGCGAGAACAAGGUGAAGUUACAUGCGCACAAAUUAGUGCUCGCUGCUGCCAGUCCGCUAAUCAGGAAUUUGCUGGAGGAUACUCACCUGAGCGAUUGCACGACAACAGUUUAUUUUCCUGAUGUCAACGCUACAUAUUUCAAGUUUCUAUUGGACUUUCUGUAUUCGGGUCAGACGUGUAUAACGUCGCGAGAUGUGAACUAUCUGCACGACUUGCUGCUGCUGCUGCAAAUCAAGUCGGACAGCUGGAAGACAACAGAUUCUGCCUAUCUUAGUACUAAGUGCGCCGGGAGCAUACGGGAGAGACCACGGAAACAGCAGCAGCAACACCAUCUGCAGCAGCAACACCAUCUGCAACACCAGCACCAGCAGCAACAGCAACAGCAGUAUCCGUCCCCGCAGACAGUCGAUCAAUCGUUCAAAUUUGAAGUUGAAAGUGCGGACGAGACUAGAAAUCCCACCGAUUUUUCCACAUUCUCGGCUGACAAUUGUGAGGCUGCCAGUGAGUGUGCGCACAACAAGGAGGACGAUGAGGAUGAAUGCACCAACAAGGACACUAAGAGCGAUAAAGACACUGAUGAAAUUGUAAACUUUUCCGACAUUCCAGCGGGCGGACUUGCCAAUACCAAUAACACCAGCAGCAGCAGCAGCAGCAACACCACCACCAACCCCAAUAAUAAUAACAACAACCACAAUAAUAAUAACUCAACAAUAAAUCCUGUUAACUUAUCACUCGAUCUUCGGACGAAAGGGGACAACAAUUCGGAACGCAUUGAUAGCAAAAAUUUUAUGUUAAAGCAAAGUAUCGAUACGAUCAGCGCACACGAAAGUACGAAGCGAAAAGGCCUGUUCUUCGACACACAUAAGGAUAUCAUGAAGCCGCUGGCCGAUGGAUCCGAUCUAAACAGUUCGCCCGAGAAUUAUGUUGUGACGCCGCAUCGAAAGCGUCGGCCGGGCUUUCACAAUACGCAAUGCGACAAUCAGCCCUUCACAACGUAUCAGCACAAUCUAUUGGAGGAACUUCGACUCGUUAAGUCAACAACAUCGCCGAUAUCGGGCCUGGCGUCCGAGAAGAACAUAUUAUCUCAACUGGAAGAUGGCACACUUAACGCGGACACAAUGACGCCGGAGAGGAAACUGUUUGAGUCCCAACGAAAUCGAGUGCAAAGUCCCGAGCUGCAUAUGCAUCUGGGACAGCAGUUCGUCUACCAAUGGCAGUCCAAUCAGAACGCUGCGCUCUCAACGAUGCCCAAUUUGCAGUCGCGACUGUCAAGUUUGUCGCACAUCAACCUAAAUCUUGAUCCAGAGAACCGCAAUAGCAGCACGUCCGUGUCGAACAUUGCCGCGAACAAUACGCACACCACGUCGUCGGUGCGCGAAUAUCGCUGCGAGUACUGUGGCAAACAGUUCGGCAUGUCAUGGAACCUUAAGACACAUCUCCGCGUCCACACUGGCGAAAAGCCGUUCGCCUGCCGCCUCUGCGUGGCCAUGUUCAAGCAGAAGGCGCACCUGCUGAAGCACCUGUGUUCCGUUCAUCGAAAUGUCAUAACCACAACCAACGGAACGGAUACGGAAAAUCGCUACAGCUGCUGUUUCUGCUCCAUGUGCUUUGAGUCGGUGCAGGAGCUGGUCCGCCAUCUGUCCGGGCAUCACAACAACCUUCUGCUCACUAAGAAUCUUCGGGAAUAAAUCUAGAAAAGAUCUGUUCGAUCGGCUAUCUAACCGACGCCCAUCGAAUAUGUAAUUGCAAAGAGACCUGAAUUUUUAUAUAUAUAUAUAAACUUACGGUAACAGUACAACAAGAGCAAGCACACUGCUAUUGUAUAAUAUGUUAAAAGUACAUUUACAUUUAAAGCAUAACUUUAUUUACACAUUCAAUUUACACUUUACUCAAUCAUUUCAUUUCGGCAAUCCACGAACCACGUCUAGACAGUCAGCGGUGCGAGCAGCCACCCAUUGCCACCCAUUGGCUACUUAUGUAUAAAUCAGAUAGCAAUGCAGAUAUAUAUACAUAUAUAUAUAUGUAUAUAGUUUGUGUCUGAUAUCUAAACGGGGUCCCUCUUUAAGCCGGCUGGUCCAUUUAAGUGGAACACUUAGUUUCUAAGCAUAUUUUUUAUAUAUAUUCAAAAGG